GCCGCUCGGCUGGUGGGAUAAAGCUCCGUAUCAGCAGCGAUAUUACGUAAACAUUCUCAGGUCGAUAUCUUCUUUUCGCGUGUUUCCGCCAAGGAGGGGGGCUUCCGUUCGAUGUUUUCCGGUAACAUGAAAUGCGGAACACACAGACUUCGGGAAGUGCAGUUGCGCAUUCCACAGAGACAGCCUGCUCGGGUAGAUUACCAGAGAACGUGGAGCGGCAGAGACGGAGAGUGUGAGGAGGGAAGACGGGAGGAUGUGGUGGAAUUUGGAGCAGCUGACGUUGCCCCCGGUGACGGGUCUGUUGUCACUGGCGUCGCCGCCGGUUACAGGGUUGCUAUGGUCACUGCUGCUGUUGUUUCUGUGGUACUGUUACCGCCUGGGCUCUGAGCCCUCCCCUCGGGGGAGGAGUCACACCCUCCCACGCCAGACCAGCUCUCCAGAGCCACGCCCCUCCAUGGAGGCCAACGCCCCCAUCACCAUGGAAACCAGUGAUGGACAAGGGGUUGAGAGUUACCUCACACCAGUGCUAAGCCACGCCCUCUUCCCAGUCUCAGCGUCAGCAGGAAGCAGGAAGCUGUACGAAGCUCUGCAGGAGUACGCCAAGCGCUACAGCUGGUCCGGCAUGGCUCGCAUACACCGGGGGCUACGCCAUCAGUCCAGGUUCUACCUCCCCAUUGUCCCCCAUUCCUUCCCUCGGGCCCAUCGUCAUGAUCCCGGGCUUUUGAUAGCAUCCCGGAUCAUCCUGAGUUCCAGUUAUCAAAGAGGCAUUGACCCAAAACUGGGUUGGAUGAACCAGGGGCCCAAGGGCCAGGCCGUGUUCCCCCUGUAUAAUGCAGGUGUGUGUGGCGCUCAACUGCCGUGGCGUGCUCUCUGUUCGCCCCUGCUGUGCCGCUGGCGCGCCCACUCUUCAUCAGUUCCAACGCCUGCCAGGUUCUGGCUCCCACCAGGAGUCUGUGUGGGCGGAGCCUACGGGCCCACUAACACACGUCUCCGAUGUCACCUGGGUUCUGCUGAGGAUGGCCCGAGGGUGAUAUUCAGUGUGGAUCUGUGGCAUCCUAAUGUGGCUGCAGCAGAGAGACAGGCUCUGGACUACAUAUUUGCUCCCGAACAAUAAACAUCAACAAGAUAAACAACAACAAAUCAGCACAAACACACUGUUUCUCUUGAGGCCACGCCCAUAUGGCAGCCCCACCCACCCCAGAAUCACAACCAAUCAAACAACCUCACAUGAAGGCCACACCCACCCCAGAAUCACAACCAAUCAAACAACCUCACAUGAAGGCCACACCCACCCCAGAAUCACAACCAAUCAAACAACCUCACAUGAAGGCCACACCCACCCCAGAAUCACAACCAAUCAAACAACCUCACAUGAGGCCACACCCACCCCAGAAUCACAACCAAUCAAACAACCUCACAUGAAGGCCACACCCAUUCCUGGAACAGCGUUGUGAUCGGAGGAACAGCAGCAGGAGGUGAACUGAUUAAACUUGAAGAGAUGACUGACUCCCUCAGCAGCAGAAAUAAUCCCAAGCAUCCCAACCAUCACCCUGCUGCCUCCUACAGCAGAAUAAUCCCAACCAUCCCAACCAUCACCCUGCUGCCUCUUACAGUUAUAUAUAAUUGAGGAGGCUAACCUGUAGCAUGUGCCUGCUCUUUGCAUGGUGGCUGAUGUCAACCUAACUAGCAGUUUAGCAUGCGGGUGUGUGUGUGAGAGAGAGAUGUUUACAAUUGAAAUUAAUCAAUUUGAAUUUAUUUAUGGUCUUGAAAUAUUUAUUCUUAUUCUUAUAAUAUCUAUUUUGGAAUUAUAUCUGAGGUUUUAUAUGUUGUUAUAUUAUUGAUUUAGGGUGGUAUUAUUAGUUUUAUGUGAUUAUUUUUUUAUUAUUUUAAAAUAAUAAAUUGUAUUUAUUAUUUCCCUGUAUUUAUAACAUUUUAUAUAAUAUGUAAGAUUUGCAUCCUCUUAUAUUCAUAUUAUUUAAGCCAUUGUACAUUUUAUAUUGCAUUAUUAUUAUUUAUAAUUAUGCAUUUUAUAAUAUGUUAUUAUUUUUUAUAAUUAUGCAUUUUAUAAUAUGUUGUUAUUAUUUAUCCGUUGGCUGUAGGCAUGAUGAGCUGUGAUCUUUCAUGAACCCUGUUAUUUUAGUAUUGAUUAGUUAUGCCUGAUGCCUCACAGAACCCUGAGCACUUGUGAUAUUCUACAGUUGAUUAGUUAUGCCUGAUGCCACACAAAACCCUGAGCACUUGUGAUAUUCUACUGUUGAUUAGUUAUGCCUGAUGUUUUGAUGGAACCUGAGCACCUGUGAUAUUCUACUGUUGAUUAGUUAUGCCUGAUUUUCCCUGAACCCUGUGACUGUGAUCUGAAAUCUGACUGUGCUUCAUAAACCCAAACCCUCCCCUAACCUAACACAAACCCAACCUCUAACCUAACACAAACCCAACCCUAACCCUCCCCUAACCUAACACAAACCCUCCCCUAACCCCUGGAAGAUGAUGCAUGUAUAUUUAUAUAUGCGCUGAAUAUAUAAAUAAAACAGAUGGAUCUACCCAGAAUGCCACUCUUCUGACGUAAAACUUGUUUUCCACCCGGCGCAAAGUUUAAUUCCUUAUUUUGCACGUUUAAUUUUUUAAACAAUGCGCCCAGGGGUGUGGCAAUUAACAACUUAGGGAGUGGCUUAGUGCAUUGU